AUGCCUUCAUAUGCAAAAAGGCUAAAGACACAUUUGGUUCUGCACUUAGUUGAUAAUAUAUUAGAUUUUGGACCUACACAAUGCUACAAUACAGAAAGAUAUGAAUCUUAUAAUUCACUAGUUAGAGCUCAAAACAUUUUUGGUAAUCGUCAGUCCCCUAGUAGAGAUAUUGCUACCAACUUUGCAGUACAGCAGCACCUGACCUUUAUUUGUUCAAGAGGCUACUUUGAAGGAAAACAAUGUGGUGAACAGCUUUAUAGUAUUUAUCUUUCUACUCAAGUCCAGCAGUUUCUAAGAGGAGUUUCUAUUAAAAAAACUCAAAGUGAUAAAGAUAUAUAUCAACCUGGUUGUUUACGGAAACUACAUCAUGGAACUGUACCUUGCAAGAUCCUAGACAUCAUAUGCGAUCAAAUAUCUUUGAGAGAACUGUUAAGGACUUGUACACUUCAUAACAUGCCUGAUGAUGUCACAUUAGAGAUGAAUAUUCUACCAUACUCAGCAGUGAUGAGUAAAACAAUGCAAUUACUUGAUGUUGGUGAUUUUGUAAAGAUUAGUUCUUCUAUUGUGACUACUGGAGUGCUAAUUGCUUGUGGAAGAUUGAUAGAUCAUAAUGGUGAAAGCAGUUCUGAUGUUUGUAUGAUUAGAGAGCUACAGACUCAGUAUAAUAGUGAUGGUACUGUAUCUUUAACAGAAUUUGAUUGUCCAAUUUUAAUCCUUACCAAUAAUGUAUUUUUCAUUGCUACAUCUUAUUUACAUUCCCCCAUUUCUGUUGCACACAUUUGCUCGUCUUCAUGCUCUUUCUCUUCUGAUUAUUUCACAUAUAGGCAUGAUUUUUCCAAUUAUUUAUUUUGUUACAACAUAUAUUGUAUGAACAACAGUUAGAUUUUACUGUUAUUUUUAAGAAUAAUAAUUUUUUUAAAUAAUAAUAAUUUUU